AUAAUUGAAUUGUGGGAAAAACAACCUCGUCUUGUUGGUUACGAAAAAGCGAAAGAUGUCAAACAUUUCGGAGGGAAAGAAGCGAUAUUCAAACAUCUGUAACAAUAUAUUUUCAUAUACAACUAUGUGAAUAGAUACUUCUGGAUCUCCCGCAGUGAUAUUUAUCCUGCUAAGACAACUGCUUCCUGGAGGUAUUAUACAAGAAUGAAGAUGAAUUUUUGUAUCUGGGUAGGCAUCAUCCACGCUAUCCUAACGGCAACGCAGCCCAAAGAUGAAUUAUUUAGGAAGGCCCAGCCAUGUUCGUUAAUCUCAGAUGAAUAAGUACGAAGUCCUUGGAAUUGUAGGCGAAGGUAUGCUCUCUUUGAAUUAGUGUGUUAUUGCAGGCAUGGUAAUGAAUAUGAAAUUGGGUUAGGCUAGGUGUAAUUUUAAUGUAAUCACGUAAACGUCUUUUUGAGCUUAGUUUAUUAUGUUUUGUGUGCAGAAACUAAGAGUGUAGCUUGGUGAUUCAAAUCUGAGCUUCUUUUUUGUCAUCCUUAGGAGCCUAUGGAGUCGUUUUAAGAUGCAGACAUAAGGUAACUAUAUGAAGCCUUUAUUAUCUGUUUUGUGUUGAAAAUCACAGCCAGCUUUUCAUGUUUUAUCUGAUGCACGAGUUCACACAGAAAGGAUCAGUGUGCAUUUUAGUCAUUUAUCGGUGUUUUCGUUUUUCUCUUGCCUCGAUCAUUUCGAAACUCGGUGACCAAUUCGAUGCUCAGGCCAGACUAGACUACAACACAUCACUUGUCUGCACGAUAGCAAAGCUCAGAUUAUGUCGUCAAAUUGUUUACAUGAUUGAUGUCAUGGUUCAUUUGCUACAAUAACAUGAUGAUAGGUGAGAGCUUUAAACUUCCGAACUGUCAACGUACGAUACUCCUUUAUUUUUAUACUUAGGGCCAUGGGAAGUGUUAACUCAUUUGUAAUAUUAUUCAUGACCCUUGAUCGAUCGAUCUAGUCAGUAAUAGAUCUGUUAAGUUUCCUUAGUUUUUGAGGCAACAAUUCCCAGACGUUACUUUGUAGCAAGUGGAAACUUGUAGUGGAGUCCAUAUGUAACAUUUUAGGCUUUAUACACAUGUAAAAUUCGUUAUUCUCAGUUGAUUAUCAUUUUCCUUUGUCCCCUGGUCCUAAAUAUACUUUAAUUAGUGCUAGGAGACAGAGGAAAACAUUUGUGAAGUGAUCAGUUUUGGGGUGACUAUGAAGAGAGAAAAUAUAUUACUUUUUUUUUCCCAGUAGUCCUGGCCUUGAUCGAGGGAAAGUUUAACAUCAUUUUCACUAUUUUUUGGUGUGUGCUUUUACCGGACAUGCCAUGAGAAACAACAAACUAUCUGCAUUGUUGUGCUUAUUCUUGUUGAAGUGCUUACAUGACCUUUUUUAGAAUGAAAAUCAUGUUUCAAGUUUCAACUUCAUGUUUGUGUCCCCAGGAGAAGGUUUACUAGCAAAAGAAAUAAGAAGAGGGAUACUAACUUUUUGUGUGUGUAUUGUCAGCAAAGGGUAUAUUUUAGCAUUUUGGUCUGAAAUUGGGUAAAGAUAUAAACUUUUGAAGAGUAAGGAUUGUAGAGGAAGGAUUGCAAUUAUUGGUUUGGUUAACAUCCGUAUCUGUACUAAGUUUCUGUUUAUUUGUUUUCUCAAGGAAACAAAUGAGAUAGUGGCCAUCAAGAAGUUUAAAGAUAGUGAAGGUAAACACAUAGUUAAACCAAUUUGCAUUUGGUUCAAAAUUAUGUUUUUUAAUUGUAGUGGUGAAUUCAAUAGGCGUUAUCGCAGGUUUGGAAGCCAUCUUGAUGAGUAGGCAACUGCGUGGGAAAUUACAGUGUUUGUAUAAGUAUCUAAUGUCAAAUAAUAUCCGUAAACGGCUGUUCUGAAAAAAAUAUGAACUAAAGCUGCACAGGAAAGGAUUUUACUUACAAAUUUUGUGGGCCGUUACUGUGCUUAGAUUUCUCCAGAUGCUUGCUUUAGAUUUUCCAUAAAUUUGUCUGCAAUUUUUCACGGGAAAUUUUAGACGGCAGUAAGAAACAUUUUUACAGACAAAUGUAUAGAAAAUUUUAAAAAGUGGUUCUAGCGUUAGGAGUGAAUCUUUAGUUUACAAUUCAUAUUUUUUUCAGAACAGCCAUGUUACAGAAGUUAUUUGACAUUAGAUUCUCAUACAAACACUGUAAUUUCUCAUGCGGUUGCCUACUUGCCAAGAUGGCUUCCAAAACGGUGAUAAGGCCUAUUGAAUUGAAGUUGAGCUCUGAAUAUGCUGUCAACUUGAUUCUGCCAAUUCACCUGGUAUUUAGUUUUAAAAAAACCGAGCCUGGCAGCUGGUAUAUCAGAGGAUAAAGCCAAAGACUGAUCUAUUCUCUAAAAGUUGAAAAAUUGACAGAAAGGAGAAGCUUCUAGGGCAACUAAAUUUUGAGGAAAAUCUUUAAAAGGUAUGUUUCUCUAAUACAUCAGCAAGCCAGAGAGGGGUUUAUUAAUUUCAUUUUUUUAGCCCAAAUACACUUGUAGGGGUGAAUAAGUUGAGAAAAAGAGAAAAAAAGCCACUGGUGGUGGUAAAACUGUGUUUGUUGAUUACAAUAACAGUAAUGGUACAUUGACUGGUUUAUUUGUAUUUAUUUUAACUGUGACAGGGUGUGUUUUGAAAUUUGAAGCAAGUUUUUGUGCUUGAAAUGUACAAAAAGAAACAGCAAACAAAAUUGAAGUUGAAAUUUUCAAGUUGAUUGGUCAGAAGCAGAAAAGCAGGGAGAUCCUUCAAAGUAUUAUCUUCAGUUUCAUUGACCUGUUUUAAUUGUUUAUCUCCAAAUAUGGAGCCAGGUUUUCUAUGUUGAGAGCCCAGAAAAGAGAAACAGAAAUAAAGGCCCAAUAACUGAAAGAUCUCAUCAUAUUAUAUUGUCCUCCAACAUUAGGCCACUUCCAAGUUCCAAAAACCCUCACUUCUAAAAUGAGGCCAAGUGCACAACCUUUCUUGUGAAAAAGAGUUUUAUUUGUAUAGGUAAUAGCAUGAUUUGUAGUGAUAUUUGGCGUAAAUACCUCAAGUGAUAUUUCGAAAUAGUUGUACCUAAUUUCACGAGCCGCAAGGCGAGUGAAAUUUGAGACAAUUUUGAAAUAUCACAAGUGGUAUUUAUGCCAAAUAUCACGUACAAAUCAUGCUAUUAUUUGUUUAUACUACUACCCACAAAAGGUUUGUAAUUUUCACAUGUAGGUAUUUCAAAUUAAGCUGAAAUACCACUGCUCUAAGCCAAUUAAAUUGCAGAAAUUUCUCGUGUAGUAGUAUAAACAAGAGAAUGAAAAAUCAUUUCCACAUCAAAGGCUGAGCACUUAACCUCGUUUUGAUACAGAGGCCCAGGGGAACUUGAAAAUGGCCUAAUAUGUAAUGCUUCCACUUAACUCUAAAGUGCCUCAAUGUACAUGAUAUUUCCAAUGGCCCCCCUUUAUUCAAGAGUACACUAAACACUGGACAAAAAGGUUAUUCCUAACUGUCUCUUGGGACCCAAUACCUGGGAAUAGCACGCUUUUUGGUGCAUUUCUUUUCCGUCGAUUUCACAGGAAUCUCAAAAUGGUUGCAUGGGAGAGGGAGUGCCUGCCCAAAAGUUGUUUCCAGUCCCCAUUCCAAUUAUCUAGUGGCCGCUGUGUGAUCUGUCAAAAAUUUGACAGAAAACUAUUCAGAUCAAACUUCACAAAUAGCUAAAUAAAUAGCUAAUAUAUUGUUCUCUGAGAUUGCAAAAUCACAACUUUACAGACACCAAAGAUCACAGUGUACAUGGGAAAUGACCAUUGCUUUUGUGCAAAGUGAAAGCAGACAUGUCUUACUAAAAUGGCUCUAAAGUUCAGGAAGCAAACUGUACUGCCAGAGAUGUUUUUAUAAGCUACCAUAAUGAGACAUAAUAGCAUCAGUCGUACAGUCACAUUUGAUCCAAUAAUGUCAAUAACGAAAGGUUUUUUGAAAUUCAUGCCCCUAGUAAGGCCCUGUUCACAAGGAGGGAGGGUAACCCUGGUGCUAGGGUUACCCUAACACUUGCAUAUUUCUUCUUUUUUCACACAACAUAUUUUCAAGGCAGGUAGUGUUACCCUACCUGUCUUGCAAACACUCAGCUAGGGAUAACGCGAAUACCCAGGGUAACUUUCUGCCAUCAUGCCAAUUUGAAUGGUAUGAUCCAAUUUCUGAGCUUAAUUUAUUAUAAACAUCUGAAAAAUAAAAAGUUAUUUUCUGUCUACGAUGAUAACAUUUUCCCUUUUUUUCGUGAAUUUAAUGUGUUUUCCGUAGAGAAUUUCCAGAUUAUUUCAAAUUUUGGACCGUUACAAAGAAUGUCACGCAUGACGAAACACGUCAGCAAAGUUGUUGCAAAGUUGUUGCAAAGUUGACCUGGGUGAUGGGGUAACCCUAACUAUGAAAUUUGCUUGUAAACCAGAGCUAUAAGUUUAACCCGCUUGCUAGGGUAGCCCUAUAGCUAGCACAAGGGUAACCCUCUUUCCUUGUAAACUGGCCCUAAGUGUUUCAUUUCAUCAAUCCUGUCCAGGUCUUGAUGGUAUGCUUUCCAUCGACAAUGCAAACCACCAAGUUCUUUUUGAACAGAGAAUAUUUCCUCUGAUCUUGAUUUCAACGAUUCGACCAAUCUUUUGUUGGUGUCCACUUCUGCUGAUGGGCAUUUGAUGUCAAAUCAUUCCUUUGUGAAUACUGUUUGAACUCUCCAAGUUUUCUUUGGGAUUACAGCCACAUAUAGUCCCACUGAAUUAGUAACCUCCAAGAUCUGAUCUUUGAUUAUAACAGUUAGUGAUUUAAUUAUGAGACUUUCACUGCCUUUUAUUGUACAUACAUACAUGUUUACAAACAAUCUCCUGUUUCCUUUGAUUGACAGUUUUCUUGCCCAACGCGAAUGUUUAUCCACUUGGGAAUCUUUUAACCAAUAGGAAUUUUCUGCACUCUCGGAAAGCAAGUAAAAACGAUUUUCAUGGUCCUCUUGGGCAAGCACUCCCUCUCCCCUCACAUGUCUCCCUCGUGCACCCCUUUCUUUCAUGUGUCUGCUACUUCCAAGCACCUGCUAUGUAAGCUAGCAAGAGAUAUGCAUCUUCAGCGGAUAUGUAUCUUCAUCUUCAGCUUUUGCCUAUUGGAGUACCCCAAGGCAGUAUAUUGGGACCUUUAUUGUAUUUAAUUUAUGUGAAUGAUCUUCCUGACUGUCAUCUGGCAAGCGAUAUUAUUCUUUAUGCGGACAAUACUGUACUCUAUUACUCAUCCAAAAGCGUCAGUGAUCUUGAACAUCACAUCAAUGCUGACUUGGGGACAGUGUCUGAGUAGUUCUCUAGAAAUCUCCUGACAUUAAAUGUAUCCAAAUGUAAUUUUGUUAUCUUUGGAAGUCCUCAGAAACUGAAUCGUAUUCAAGGCAUUUCGGUUAAAGUAGAGGGCACUAAUAUUGAAAGAACACAAUCAUUCAAAUACCUAGGCGUAACGCUUCAACAGUCUAUGUCCUGGGCAGAUCAUGUCGAUGUUAUCAGCAUGAAGAUUAAUCAGAGAAUAGGCCUAAUGAGAAGAAUCAGGAAUCUAUUGCCGCUACAAGCUAGAGUUGCCUUGUACAAUGCCCUAAUCCUCCCUCUUUUUGAUUACGGAGACGUUAUAUGGGGGGACAAGAACAAUGAGACCAUCAUGUCAGAAUUACAGAUUAUACAGAAUAAAGCUGCUAAAGUUAUGCUGGGGCAACCACCCUGAAGCUCAUCAACUGAAGCACUGAAGAGUCUAGAUCUGAAGUCACUGUCCACAAGAAGGUUUUUUCAUCGCUGCAUUGCAAUCCACAAGUGUCUUAUCGGAGAAACUGAUUUCAACUUUAAUUUUACUAAAACUCAAGCUGUUCAUUCAUGUAAUACAAGACGCUCUAAUGAUAUUCGCUUACCCCUACCCAGAACUAACUGGGGUAAACAAACUUUUAUUUUUCAUGCCGCGAAUGACUGGAACAGCCUUCCAAAUGAUUUAAAAGAGUGUAAUAUUUUAUCUAUUUUUAAAUCCAAGUUAGAAACUUUUUUAAAAGAUCUUAGCUAAUUUUAAACCUUGAUAGUUUUUGUAUAAUCUAUUUGAAGAUUUUAAAUUUUUAUAUUUGUUUUACUUGUAAACAUAUUUUACUUUUUUCUUAACAAUUAAUUAAUUAGUUAGAUUAAUGCAUGAGGGCCCCACUGAAAACUGCCUUGGCGAGUUGGGCUCCCUCUAUAAAUAUUAUUAUUAUUAUUAUUAUUAUUAUUAUUAUUAUUGUUAUUAUUAUUAUCAUUAUUCAGCGGUGUCCAGACCCUUGUCAGAGUAGGGCUGGUUUUGUAAGGUUGGUUUUGUAAAGUUGGCAACCACUUUUAUUUUUUACCAUGUGGUGACCAAAAAUUGUUAUUUUGUUGCCAGAUGGUACCCAUAUCAAAAAAAUUAAUUUCAGACCCUGUUCAGUUUAAUUUCAUUUCCCCUUAUAACAUGACAUAUUUCAGUUAAGAUAUAUCUCUUUGUUCAUGAAGUAGAACACAAUAUCAGCUCCUGGAGCUUUAAAUUGACUCUAACUUACGAAAGGGUUGGCAAGGAACAGGUUUUUUAUUUAUCUAUGAUUUGACUUUCUGUUAGAAAAUGAGGAUGUUAAGAGGACCACUUUAAGAGAAUUAAAGGUACUUCGCAUGCUGAAACAAGAGAACAUUGUGGAAUUAAGGUUUGUUAUAAAUAGAUAUAUAUCUUUAAUUUAAUUGGAUGGUUUAGUGUGUAGUAUUAUGGGAUAUUUUUAUGAGCCAUGCCGUAUUUUGGCAAGCCCAUAGGGUGAGUCAAAAUACAAGAGACGAUUAGAAAUAUCCCACGAUACUGUUUCUCCUUAGGUUCCUAAAUUUUCUCAGUCCUCUUCCUAAAAAAGUCCAGAGUUCCCAAUGAAAAAAUCCCGUAAAAAAAGACAAACAUCCACACAAGAUUUUUUUUCUAUGGCGUAAGCGCUCCUCCCCUAAAUCCGGGGACUUUUAUUUGAAACUGUCAAUCAAUCUUCCCGCGCGUAAUGUAAUUUCCGGUAAAAAUGCACUUCCGGUUCGCUCUUACAAACAGUUGUUUUAGAAAAAAGGCACAAGAAAUAAUCCUUAACAUUUUCCCCCUCCUGGAUUUACAUUUGACUGAAAAUCCAACACUUCAAUCGAUCUCUUUUACAAACAUAACCAAAUUGUUCAAAUGUUCCAAUAACUGUUCAAAUGUUAAAAUUCAAAUGUUCAAAUGUCAAAUAUUAAAAGGUUCAAUCUCUCAGAUUUAGACUUAAAAGUCUCUGUCUGACUAAACAAAUCAUGAACUGUUCAACUGUUCCUACAAGUGUUCAUGAUGCAAAUCUUUACGACUAUAGCUAGUUAGUUCACUGUUCCGUCCGGUCACUUAGUAAUCUUCAAAUUCCAACGGUGAAAUUCUGGAAAUUGGUCUUCGUUUCACCCCUCCUUUGGUUCUAACGUCUACGACUCGUACUAGUCCAUACAUUAGCUAUACGGGUAUGUGCCGCCCAAUGGGGUCGUGAUUUUGAAGCUCCUAAUUUAGAACGGGGUAUCCAUUUCAGAGGCGUUUUCUGGAACGGGGUAUAAUAUUUUGAACGCAUGAAAGCUCCAGUUUUGUAAGCGGCCAUUUAUCUUCUACUUAAAAUUGUUGCUGAUUAUGAAGAAGCAUUUAUUUGAUGUAUAAGUUGAACAAAUUUAAAAAAACGGGGCUAUUUCAAUUUACAAACUUCCUAGAACGAAGUAUAAAAAAUUGGCCCAUUUCUAGAACGGGGUAUCUGUUUUAGGGCGAAUUCUAGAACGGGGUAUAAAAAAUUGGCCCAUUUCUAGAACGGGGUAUCAAUUUUAGGGGAAAUUUUUUUUGGUAUGGGGUGCCAAUUUGGAGUCCCAGGCGGCACAUACCCACCCAAAAAAUACCCAAGUGCGCCCCCCAGGGUCUGGAUCAAUUACCAACACCACGUCCCCCACUGUUAGAAUCUUUGAAGGUUGGAACCACUUUUGCCGGGAUCCAAUACUUGGCAAAUACUCUCUCAUCCAACGACUCCAUACUCUACGAAUCAGUUCCUGUAUUCGUCUCCAUCGUCUACGCACACUGACUGCCGUCGUAUCGACUGUGUCUGGGGCUAGCUCUCCACCCAUUUGGCCAAUUAAGAAAUGGUUUGGGGUCAGCACAGGCUCGUCAUUGACAUCUCCACUAACCGUAGUUAAAGGCCUCGAAUUUAACAAACUUUCGGCCCCAGUAAACACGGUUUGUAAUUCUUCAUCAUUGACAUCAACUUCGUUCAAAAUUGCAUAAAUUGCCCUCUUGGCUGACUUGAUCAUUCUUUCGAAGACACCGCCAAAGUGUGGUGCUUCGGGUGGGUUAAACUGUCACUCAAUUCCUUGGUUGGAAGUAAGCCUUAAAAUUUUGUCUUGGUCCAUGCUAUCCACUAACUCCUUGAUUUCUCGUGCUGCUCCGACGUAAUUACUUCCAUUGUCACUGAGCAUCAACUAAGGCCACCCUUGUCUAGCCUCCAUACGCGUCAGCGCAUUUAAGCAAGCAUCCGUCUCCAGGAAAGCAGCCAUUUCCAAAUGACAACAGUGUGUCUGUUAACACACAAGUAAGCAAAGGUAGCGCUUCACUCGUGGUCUACCUCGUCCUUGCAUCAUGUAGAAUAGUCCUGCAAAAUCUGUCGCACAAUUUGCAAAUGGUUUCUGAGUUAUCUCUAAUUGUAUUCUAGGUAAUGGUGCCAUUUGUUGUCGUGCUGGACAGCCCCUGAAUCUUCGGUUACAUUCUGCACAUUCCUUGAUACAUUUCUUCACUUGUUGUCGUCCUUGAAUCACAAAGUACUUCUCUCGUAAAUGGUUUAAUGUAAAGUUCACUCCCAUCUCGUGAUCUUCCCUCUCAUGAUGAUACUUCAUGAUUAACUUGGUAACGAUGUGAUUCUUUGGAAGGAUGAUUGGAAACUUCAUCUCUUCUGGCAAAUCAUCUGAAUAUCGCAGUCGCGUGUUUGAUCAAAGGAGUCCCCCACAUAACUUUGGUGUAAUCUUUAGUAACGUACUCUUACUUGGGAGAGGCUUGUUGUUUUCAAGUGCUCUUAUCUCGUCAGGAAAGCACUUUUGCUAAGCCGCCCUGAUGAUUUUCUCUUCUGCUUGAUUAAGUUCCCUUGGGUUCAACUCCCCACUUUCUCGAUUGUUUUGAGGCUUUUUGACAUUUGCUAAGAAUCGAUUAAUCCAACCAGUCAGCCGCACCAAAGACAUUCCGAUCUCCAGCUUUCCUUUUGGCUUGGUUCUGUACCAUUUUGAAUACUCCAUUGGGUCUGGUGUGCUCUUUGGUUUGACUGUUUCCACGUAAUAGCUGCGUGCAUUCAUGCUUAGCUCCUUUUCCACGAGCUGUUCUCGUUUCUCUGAUUUAACUUCUUUGUAAGCUUCUGGGGCUUUUCCAAAUUUCCUCUCUGGCCACUCAUCUUCUCUACGUUUUAGAAACGGGGGCCCAUACCACCAGCAGUCAUCCUUAACUGGCUCUUGAACUGAAGCUCCUCAAGUACGUCCCUUGAUCCGCAGGGUUGAGUUUCGUUGGAACGUACCGCCAUUGGUCUGGACUGCUCUCGUCAUGAAUUUCCCCAACCCGGUGGGAUACAAAAGGUUUAAAAUUUCGACUCGGUCCUUGGACCCAAAACCCGACAUUUUCGCUGUCCACCCAAAAUGUGGCCUUGUUCCUAGGAAUCUCCAGUGCUGCACAUAUCUUCAGUGUCAGUCGGAGACCAGUCAGUGCUCCCAUGAGUUCUAACCACGGAAUGCUCAUGGCCUUCAAUGGCGCCAACCUUGACUUUGCUGCGACUAAUCUUGUGCUAAAUGUUCCAUCUUCAUACUCAUGGCGAACGUAGGAUGCUGCGGCAUAAGCCUUCUCAGACGCGUCACUGAACGUGUGAAUAGUAACAUCUCGAAGUUCCUUGUCUUCCUUCAGACCUCGUAAAACACGGACCGCACCAAGUUCUCCAAGUUCCCCGAACCAUCUUUUCCAUUCCAUUUUAAAAUGAUCUGGCAAUUCUUCAUCCCAUCCGAGAGCUUCAAUCCAAGCUUCCUACAUCAGCAUUUUAGCUCGCACUACGAAGGGCGUCAGAAAUCCAAAGGGGUCAUAAAUUGAGGCCGUUUUCUUCAGCAUGUUCCUCUUUGUUAAUACCAAUUCGUCUGGGGGUGGAACAAAGGAAAAUGAGAACUUGUCUUCCUGAACAAUCCACUCGACUCCCAAGGUCUUCGUCACUGGAAAUUCUUUCUUUUCGAGAUCCACUUUAGUUGCUCGAUCAGCUUCUGGUAUGUCCAUGAUAACUUCAGGCUUCUGAGAGAUCCAUUUGCAAAUGUGAAAUCCUGCUUUAUCUCCAAGCUCGGUUAACUGCUGUCGCAUCUCCUUUGCUGUUUCCACCAUUUCCACUGAAGGCAUCAGGUCAUCCAUAUAACAACUGUUCUUCACCGCUUCAGCUGCUAGAGGAUACUCUGCUCUGUGAUCAUCCAAAUGCUUCUGCCACACAUACUGCGUACAAAAAGGACAGUAACACCCUCCGAACACAUAUCUCAAGAAUUCGUAAACUUCUGGCUCCUUGCUCUGAUCCAUAUUUCUCCAUAGAAACUGGUGUAGUGGCCUGUCUUCAAGAGUAAGGGCAAGCUGAUGAUACAUUUGACUUACGUCACCCACCAGGGCAACCAGUUCCUUUCGAAAUCUGACUAGAAUGCUAAACAUGUCCACUUGCAGUUUCGGUCCCGGUAACGCUUCGCUGUUCAAACUCUUUCCUUGAAACUUAGCUGACGCAUCAAAUACAAUCUUCGUUUUCGUUGUAGUCCCGUCAGCACGCACAACGGGAAAAUGGGAAAGUAACCAUUCUUCAGUGGGUGUCGGCUCAUCUGGCGGCACUCGGCGGAUGUUAUUCUUCUCCAAAUAUUCUUCAAUGACUUUCUGAUAGGACUCUGCUAUUUCUGGAUUCUUUGCCAAUUUUUGCUCUGUGGACUCCAAGCGCUUCUCAGCUAACGGCCUGUUGUUUGGAAGGCUUGGUCGCUCAUUCCGCCAAGGAACAGCUACUACGUAAUGAUCAUUCUCGAACUUGAUUGACUUGCUCACUUUAUGCCAGGCUGCUGUUUCAUCAGUAGUCAUAACCGGUUUAGGAGGUGUAAUUCCCAUGGUUUCCAGGUCCCAGAAUCUCUUCAACAACGCAUUCAAAUCAUCUGACUGUUCCACUGUCGGUGCCACUUCUCCAAACUGUUGCAUGCGAAAAGUAUGACACAAACUGGUGUUGUGAUCUGCUCCUGUGUUCUCCAUAUUUAUCCUCCCCACUGCCGUCCACCCCAGAGGACAAAGUCGUGCACAUGGCUCCUCGGCUCCACCAAUCACUUCUCUCUUGGGGUACAUCAAUUGAUAGUUAUCAGUUCCGAGCAACACAUCAAUCUUUCCCCGAUUCGCAAGCUUUGGGAAUGGAAUGUCCUGCAAAUGGUUCCAAUUGCCCUUAAUCCUAACCCAGUCAACUGCUUUCAUCCCACCGCAGAUUUUCUCAGAAGACUGUGCUACAAUCUUAGCGUCCACACUACCGUCAACACUCUCUAAUUCAAUAGUGAAUGUCAUGGAUGGAAAACGAGCUUCCUGAUCAUUAGCAACGUUCACAGUUACCAACUCUUUCUCCCCUUUGACUCCGAGCUCCUCAACUACAUCUUCAUUAACAUAUGUAGUGUCACUUCCCUCAUCCAAGAAACAAUUGACAAGAAUUCUCUUCUUACCAUGUUUCAAGAUUGCUGGAUCAGUUCGCAGUGCCACCUUUUCUGCUUUCUGUAUUUUUAGCGAAGUUGAAUUGGUGUUAGCAUCCCCCUCCGUGCUAAGCCCGCCGCUUUGUUCUCGAGUUCCUUGUGACAGAAUGUUGUCAUCUCUGUUUGACUGGAUUUCCCUUCUUCCUUGAAUUGUCCUGGCCAACUGAAGCUGGGUUGACUGGGACUGGGUUCCCUGAGGCCGUGUUCCUUGAGGCUGAGUUUCUUGAGGCUGAGUUCCCACGGGUCGAGACUGAGAGUUGUUUCCAUUUCGAUUCCCAUGUAACAACCGGUUGUGUCGGUCCUUGCAACCAUCAAUGUUACACACUCUACUUCUUGGGCACUCCCCUCCCAGAUGAUCAUCACCCAAACAUCUGUAACAGAGUCCUAGUUUUUUCGCCGUAGCCCAUUUUUCCUGAAUUUUUCUACUUUUAAAGAUAUCGCAAUUCCAUACAGCAUGGCCUUCUCCACAUACUUUGCAUGUUCCCCUCUUUUUGUCAUCAGUUCGGUUACUUCCAAAAGACUUACUUCUUCAGUUGUGAAAUUUGCCGCUUGAAUUUCCUGAUUUUAAACCAUGUUUAAUUUCAGUUGCUUGAAUCUGAUAUUCAGCCUCUUCUGCAGUCCAAUCUUUGAGUGUAAUUAGAGACUCGACCCUUCUAUUUUCUUUUACCCAGCGAAUGUAUUGAGAUAACAAUUUCUCUGUCAGUUUUUCAAGAAUGAUAGUGUACAAAGUUCCCGCUUCUAAAUCUGCCGCUCUAUUGUUCUCCUGUAGAUUUAUCACUGCCCUCUCCAACAUGUCUGCAAAUUUUUCCAAUUCUUUUGAAUUUUCCUCUCCGAUUGGCUUCAGUUUUAUUAAUUCGUCUACAUGACACUGAAUUUCCCUACGAUUUCCACCGUAUUUUCUCAACAACCUCGACUUAGCAGCUUCAUAAGCAGCCUCAGAAUAUCCUAAACCUUUACUCGUUUCUAAAGCUUCGCCCGCUAAACAUGCCUCCAAUCUCAACAUUUUAAACUGAGCAGACAUUGCAGUUGCAUCCAUGCAACUCGUAAAUGUUGCGUUCCAGUGCUGAAAUUCAGUUUUGUUCCCGCCAAAUGUUGGAAUGCGAAUUCUUUCUAGGUUAUUCACCCCACUAUCAACCUUCCUUUGCGGCAAACUGGUGUUAGAGUUACUCGAGUAAGAUGGUGGACUUACCGGCCGUGUGUUCCGUGUUACUGAAGUCAAGACGUGAUGAGCGGCGCUAGCUUCACCUUCAAUUUUUUCGUUUAAUUCAUCCGCUUCCGUUAAUUGUGUCACAGAUUGCCGCCAUCACCAUCUCUAUAACACUUGUUCAGGGAACUGUUUCUCAAAAGUCCCAAUAAUCAACGGGCCGGUAAGGCUGUUGAUGUUUGCAUGCAAGAUAGAGCUUUCAAUGGUUUUGCAUCUAACAUGACUAAAACUAUAAGUUAAUGAAACAAAAUGGAGUAGUUUGCUAGCCAGGAACUGCACUCUUAUUCUUUAUAUUUCAAUUUGAAUAAUUGAUUUCGGGCUUGAAAAGUUACCUGGGCCCAAGGUCUGUUUUCAUCUUCUCUGUUGUAUUUUGAGCUUAUAAUGUUGUAUGCUCAGGCUAUUUUUGAUAAAUGUUGACAUUUCAUUGUUGUUUAGGCAACUUUAUUCUUAAGAAAAUUAUAUGGUUUUAUUCAGUUUAAGCUUUCGGGAAACGAUGCAUUUUCUGCCACUUGCGACGUUUGUAGAAAACUGGUCAAACCAGUCCUCUGGAGUACAAAUACUGUGAGAUAUUUGUAUUCAUUUUAGGCGUUAUUUGUACAGUACUCUACUGAUAAAAGUUGAAUAAUAAAACAUAAUUAUAUUAAAAGGCUUCUAGCAAUGUGUUGACACCCAUAAUUUUCCAUUUCCUUUCAACUCCUCUCUAAUAAUUUAUUAAUGAGUCAGUAAGAUAUGUACAUGUAAAUAAAGAGGUUCCUGGAAAUAUGACAAAAUGAUGUCUGUUAAACUUCUAGAUUCGCAUAAUUGCAAUAAAAUAUAAUUACAAUAAAGUAUAAUACAGUGUCUCCUUGUGAUAAAGAGGGCCAAUAUUUUAUUUGAGAUGAGAUGGUCAGUUACUUGUAAAAAGAAACAAGAAAAAUUUGGAGUAGCAGGGUGGAAAGAAAGUCAGUUGUACAGCUUGCUCUUUGGGUAGCUGUGGGUAGCAUGUAUAUACUAGCCCAAAAGUCAUUUUAUACUAUCCUGGAAAACAAUGUUGAUGAGCAGGAUUAAUAAUUGAUUAUUUAUUUAACUAAUUAAUUACACCAUUAGUUGAUAAAUUACUUGUUCAGUUAAUUCAGUGCUGAGUGUAAGAAUAUCCUGGUAGGGACUGAUAAUCACUUUGUUACACCAUAGCAAGGUGAUGAAAGCUCAGUGUUUAUUACAAACCUCCUUUGGCAGCGAGACUAGGAAGUCUUCCUUUCAAGUCAACAUUAUUCUUAUGAGUAAAACUUGGCUUGCUUAAAAGACCUAGACUUGGAAAGUUUUGAUGUUACUAGUAAAAGCUUUCCAAGUUUUCCCAUUUACACAUGUUAAAUUUCCCUUCCAAGGAAAACUUGCCUGAAUUUGUAAAUGGGUUCUUAGAUUUAUUUAACUUUUGACUUGAUUUUUCCUUGUUUGCAGGGAAGCUUUUCGCAGGAGAGGAAAACUGUAUUUAGUGUUUGAAUAUGUGGAAAGAGUAAGUUAGUGUAUCUAGAAACAAUUUUGUGCAUGCAGUACAAAUCAUUGCGUACUGGUUAUUUAAAACAUCAUAUGAAAAGACAGUAAUAACAGGAUUUAAUAAGUUUAAAAAUUUGCUUGUAGAAUAUGCUUGAAUUGCUGGAAGAAAUGCCCAAUGGAGUUCCAUCACACAAAGUGAGGUUAGUCAAAAUUAAAUUUAAAAAAUAAAUAAAUAAAAAGCAGGGGUCUGAUCCUACAUGUAGGUUGUUUUUCUCCUCUGUUAACUUCUCAGGGUCUCUCGAGAGUAUGGAAUGAGUAAUUAUUAGUAUUUAUGGGUCAAAAGUAUAGUAUGUAAGUUAAGUAUAUACUGUUCAUGCAGCACCUCUGGCAAAAACAAAGUGUACAUAAUGUCCACAGUUUAGUUAUUGGUAUUCACUGAUUUAUAAUUUGCUUCCCAUAAACAAGCUACAUCGUGUGUCUUUUGGUAUUAUGCAUCCAAUUCAAAAUGAUUGUUUUACCUUAGUUUAUUCAGAUGCACUUUUAUGCUAAGUGCUGAAAGUUUAGUUGCAGUGUUAUGCAUGCACAGGUUCACCUGAUUGGGAUUUUUUAUUUGUAAAUUCCAAGAAAUCAAAUUGCAUUGCAUGGGAGAACUACAUUGUAUAAAUCUUGACCUUUCCAAUCUUGAUUGCCAGAAAUAGCUGUCAGCAACCAAAAAAACCACCUACAUAGUUUUUAAUAAACUUAUGGGAUUCUUUAGCUGCUAAAUUGAACAUUAUUUAUCCACAUUCCUCCAAACAUUCUGACAAACCUGCUCCCACAACUUCAGUUGUUGUUUUUGUCACUACUUUUUGACUUGUGACCUGAUUGGUCUGAUCCAGAUGACUGGAAGGUUGUACCUUCUCCAGACGCAAUUGUCUGCGGACUCUGAUGUAAAUUACUUCCUGCACUUCCCUGGUAAACCAGUAUGGAUGUGUUUCUGUGUAUUCUUAAGUUCUUUGAUCUGGUUCUUAGGAAUAUUCAAGUCCAGGAAAGUUUGCCAGCCCUACACUUAAAAAAAAAGUGAGCGGGUUGGAAUUAUUGCAACACUGUAGGGUCCUAACCGUAUUGUUUCUUAUGAAACUUAACUACGAUUCUGGCCCCGGUUGUUCAAACGUUGGAUAGCGCUAUCCAGCGGAUAAAUCACUAUCCAGCGGAUAGCGUAAUUGAUUUCCGUAAUACUUACCGGCUGGAUAGUGAUUUAUCCGGUGGAAAGCGCUAUCCAACGUUUGAACAACCGGGGCCUGGCAGUUUUUAGUAAUUGUUGCUAAAAUUUAUUGGGUAGUCCACAGACUUGCAUUUUGUACUGGUGCCAAACUAUGUGAUGAUAUGACCAGAAAAACUCACAAACGUAUCUUAAUCAGUUGAUGGAUGGAUCUUUACUAACUUAGUCUGUGGUGUCUUGUUUCAUUUUCACCCUCCCAUGUUUUGUCUCCUUGUGGCAGCUGGUUUGCAAAUAAUACUAGUAUACAUGCAUUUUACAUACUUGACUCUUUUAGAAUACAUGUAAGGUCACUGCUUAUGCUUUAAAUCUUCUCUCUCUAGGGGCUAUAUUUUUCAGCUCAUUAAAGCCAUUAAGUGGUGUCACCAGAAUGAUGUGAUUCAUCGAGGUAUUUUUCCCAUUUUAAAACUUGUCAUGAUUGUUGGCUCUCCUGAAAAUAGUAUGUCUGCUUCUUAGGAAGAUCCACUUGGCAGAAUUGUAGGGGACAGUGGUGUCCUUGGGGUAUAAUGUCUUGUGCUUGAUUAGUAGGAUCAAUAUUUAAACAACUGGUUUUCACUAUAUUAUGAAAAAAGGAAGUUGGGCUGUUUAUUAUAUUCAGCUCGUUUCAACUUGAAGCAUGUCCAAAUAGAUUAUAUAUUAGUAUUCAGCCUUCAAUAGUUACUGUAAUGUGCUUUAAAGAGAAAUAAGUGAGUUACUGAAUAUGUUAUUUUUGUUUGAAAUAUUGACAGGACAGUCAUGAACACAAUUUAAAGUACAUUAAAUUACUUGAAUGGGAAAAGUUAAAUAACAUCAUACACCUCUACCUAGUAGAAAAACCUUUCAGUGCUUGAUGCAAUUGAAAGGUGGAACACGAUUACUUGAUACCGCAAUGAUUGAAUUAAUCUUAUAUAUUCAUUUCUACUUUUUGUUGCCAGAUAUUAAACCAGAAAAUUUGUUAAUUAGCAAUGAUGGCAUCUUGAAGCUUUGUGACUUUGGUAAGAUAAAAUAAAAUUCUUUAAGAAAAAAUAGAUGAGAUUGUAAAAGUAAAAGUUGAAAAGUAUUUGUGAAUUAAAAAUUAUUAUAAAUUGUUGACAUGUUAUGUAUGUUAUGCAUUUUACUUUCUGUUGCAUUGUUAAAAACAGUUUUUUAAAUGCUCCUGUCACGCAGCAUCAUCAAGUGUUGAGUAGAGUCUUACAAUCAACUGUUGACUGAUCAGUAUGUUUGUUUAUUAUCUAAGCCUGUGGUAUGAGGUAAUAGAGAGCACAUAGGUAAUUUUCAAUCGUAUUUAAUCCUAUAUUUAUUAUAACCGCAGGUUUUGCUAGAGCCAUGACUGUUAAUGGCAGUGGUCAGUUUACAGAUUAUGUUGCUACUCGUUGGUAUAGGUCUCCUGAACUUCUUCUGGGGUAAGCUAGGAAAACACAUGACUUUAUAACAGCAACCUCACGUUGUCAUGCUUUUAUUCUUAAUUUUCAUAUAAUUUCUGUGCUUGACACUCAAAAUGAAAUGAUUUCCACACAAGAGGCACAAACUUUAAUACCCUUCUUAGAGAGCAAUUGAUGUGCUCUAGUAUUGCUUGGUGGGCCAACACUAUCUUGGCCUUUGCACAACACUGUAUUAAGGAAUCUUGCAGUUUCACUAGAAUAAAAAUGUAUAACUUUUAGCGACUAGAAUGCUUACUCUGGUGACCAAAAAUGAAAACUUGGAGGCCAGCUGGCCACAAGAUUUUUUUCUGAAAGUUGAGCAAUGAAGUGCCCUAGUAAACAACACCAGAAAUAUUGUUAUUUUUAUGAAAAGUUCUUGUUUUGAAAAGGAAAAGCCCAUCAGGCGUGCAAAAACGUAACCACAAGCAGCUGCAACAUGGUAAUAAAGUCUGUAGUUUUCUUGCUUACUCGCAUUUGUUGGUCAUAACACAGUAAACAUUCCUAAAAUAUUUUAGAGUGUUUACAGAACCUUUUAUUUGGUUGAUAGUAAUUGCUACAACUCAUAAAAAUUUGGAAACUAUUGCAGGGCACCUUAUGGUAAACCUGUGGACAUCUGGGCUAUUGGUUGUAUUCUGGGAGAACUCAGUGAUGGCCAGGUAACAAAAGCAUCAAUACUUAAUGUAUGGAUGCUAUAUAAUAGAGUUGCAAUUAUAUUGAUUUUCUUCUAAGCGCUUCUAAUAGAGUUCAGGUCAUGAGAUUGCAAAAAUUGGCUCCCUUUGUGUAGAUUAAUUGUUUCCAACAUUUACAAUGUGUCUUCUAAGUAGUUAUUUUUGUCGAUGUUCUUGAAAAUACUGUUGAUGAUAAUCUCAUGAUACUUACUUUAUUUUGUCCUUUCUGAUAGCCUGUCUUUCCAGGAGAGAGUGAAAUAGAUCAAUUAUUUACAAUACAAAAGGUUGGUGCAUGACAAAAAAGUCAUAUUAGUUUAAUCAUGCUAUGUUUUGUGAAGGGAAACUCAAUAAUUGGUUAAUUUACUACCUGGUUAAUUACUCAGGGUGACUGAGAACAAUAUUUCUAUAGUUCUUACUGCACUAAACCUUUGCUUAUACUGUUUGUGCUAUAAUAGACGCAUCAAAUACAAAUGAAAUUACCGUCCCAGGUAGUUUUGAACAAUUCAAUUUAAGUUCCUUUUAUUAGCAUUUAUCAGGUUGUCAAAACAAUGAUAUAACCUUCGAUAGCCAAGCUUGGUCAUUACCAUUUCUGUUAUUAAAGUAAAUUGUGAUCAGCAUAUUACAUUUAAAAGACAAGUUUUAGUAAAGGAAAAAGUUUGAUGAUUUCUUGGGGACUGCUCAGAGCCACCUCUAAAAUGUCCAAAAAGAUAAAGUGAAAGACAUAAAAUUUUCUUUAUAUAUGCUUUGAUUCUCCAAGAUCCUACAAUUUUAAGAAAUGAGGGAGAAGUAUAGAAACCAGUUUUAUUACUGAAUUUGACAGCCCUGAAUUACCAAAACAAUUGAAUUGUAAUAUUACUUCAUAGGUUUGUGGCAGAGUAGGGGUGUAAAAUGGCAAUAUGUGAAAUAUUUCAGGUUCUAGGUGCUCUUCCACCUGAUCAAAUGGAGAUGUUUUACAGUAAUCCACGAUUUAAAGGACUCAAGGUAAACAAUCAUCUGAUUAGCUGUUUAACAUAGGUAAUGGGUAUUUUACAGUACUAUGAUGCAGAGUCAAAACCAGUUGACAAAAACUUAGGUUUUCAGGGUUUUGCAGAGCUCACUAGUGCUUUCAUUCAAUUUGCUAUUCAGUUAUAUUGAUGACAUAUAUUCUCUAUAUCAUGACAUCUGCUGAAACAAAAAACUGCUCAUUAUUGGGCUGCCCGUGAGGGCAACGCCCAAUCAAGAAUAAUUACCGUAUCCAGCUAUGUCGAAAACAGACAAAAUGGCGGGCGGAAUACCCUGAGGGCUUUGCGUGUCCCGUUCCCCCUUCAGUGGGGCCGAUUUUUGCGGGGAGGGGACGGCGAACAGAUUUAGAAGUCCGUUUUGAAACGAACUCAAAAUUAUUGCGUGGAUUUAUUGGCCCUAUAUCUAUGCCAAAUGAUUAUCAAAAUACACUAUUCGAAUAAGGUAGUUAACCUGCACGGGAGCUGCGGAAACAAUGCCCUUCCACGUCCUCACAGGAAAAGCUUCAGCUCGUUGCAAUAUUCUGUACCUGCAUGUGAAAAGUCUUUCCUUUUAAUACAAGAAAGGAAUAUGCUGUUUGCAGAUCUUACCGUCAAAUAGAAACAUAUUCACUUGGAUAGUUACAAAGGCUUUAAAUCCAAUAUCCGACAGAAAAAAACUGAAACUAAAUUUGCUCUGCGAGUUUUAAGAAACAGUUAUAUAACAAUGUUUGAAACCCAAGAAAUUGACCUUGUCACGUUUUAUAAGUAUUGAACGACAGUAAAUUUUUUUUCUGUCAUGGGCAGAGCUGGAUUGAAGGCGGGAAGAGGGUGCGUUAUUUGGAGUCCCAGUUAAAAAUAAUGCCAAUCGUUUCUUGUUUCAAAAGUAUAACUUACCUAUUUUUAUUCAUAGUGGUAGAAAUUACUUUUCAGCCCUGGCUUAAAAUGCACAAUCGGCAGACCAAUGAACCCCCAGCAUGGGGGUCUUACUGUGGAGAGAUGACUUUUUUUAAAGUGUAGUUGAGGUUCAACCGUUUAUUAUUUUAUGCUUGUUGUGACAAUGCACUAAAGGUUAAUGAAACUUCUUUCCACAGUUUCCCACCACAAUUACUCCUCAGACUUUAGGAAGGAAAUAUGCUGGAGUAAUCAGUGGAAUUAUGCUUAGCUUUAUGCAAGUAAGUGUUUUGGGUUCACAUAGGCAGCUAUAUUGACGAAAUAGUCAAGCAGAAUAUCAACAAUUGCAUUGCCAAAAUAAGGAGGGGUGCCCAAACAAGAAGCUUCCAAUAUAGCAGCCAGCUCUUACAUUGAUACUGCUCUCGUGGCUGGCCUACAUAAGAGCGCACAAUCUGUGCGACUGUCUGGAAACCGGUCGUUUCGAUACGAGUACAGUACGCUAGUACUGUUCGAUACGGUUUCGAGCAGUGAAAUUGCACAAACAUUUCGUUCACUUCAAUUAUAGUUUGUGCGUGAACAAGAAAAACAUUUUGGGUGAAUAUUCUUCGUUCUUUAAGCCAAGGACGUGAAACUAUUUACACCUCGUCUGAGUAAGCGUGUAUCGAAACGACUUUGAAAUGAGCCGUAACCGAAUGUCUGAACGAGCAAAUAGUUAUCCUUCCUUUUCUUGAAAAAUAUAUUGUUUGUUUGAAGUCCUUUCGAGUAAUGCAUAUUCAAGUUUGCCUUGGGCCGUUAAAACGCUCAAGAAGUACAGAUUUUGUCGAAAAACGGUAGAACUACUCUCUACUUUCUGGAACAACUUUUAGCAACCUGCAACAGCCUGAUUUGUUGCAAGCUGGACAGGCUUGCACGUGGGUGGUAAGAUGCGCAACUUCACUUUUCAAUUCAUUUUUCAGCAAUGUUACAAAACAAAAGUUGCAGGUUUUUGUUGCCCGUUUUACUUUUCCUUUAGCCUUACAUGUGGUUUAAUAUGCGUAGGCGCCAGGAUUCCUGCCGACCCCAAAGGAAAUGCAGGCAUACUUUGUUGUUCACUCUGUUGAAUUAAAACUUACCUGGAUGUGUUUUUAGGCAACACUACAGCUUGAUCCAAAAGACCGAUUUUCAAUCAUUGAUGCUUACAAUCACCCUGCUUUUCGACAAGAAAGGGAAACAUUUGAAAGUACAUUAAAGGACAAAGAGGGAGUUGAAAUGAAACAUGUCACAAGAAAGAAUGACAGUGGUGUUAAAUCACGACAUUUUACCCAUAAGGGAAGCUAUUCACAUGGUCUGAAACCAUCUGAGAGUUCACAAAGUGUAAAAACACAAGCUCCUCAAGAUGCAAAGAGUAAUGCACAUGGAAGUCUUCCUCUUGGCAAAGAUUUUAGUGAUGAAAAGAAACUCGUGAUGCAACAAAUGACAUCUAAAGAGAAACAUAAGGACACAAUCGUCGAUAAUGUGCAAGUCAUGAAUAGAACUAAUGAACAUGAACCCUCGGAAAUGCCGGAUAUUUCCUCAUCUGUCACUAAUGCAGAAAUGUCAGACAGUAGUUCUUCAUCAGUCAAGUCUGUGGUUUACAGUUCUGCUGAUAUAAAACCCCGUAAUUUUGUUUCGCAAGGUGGUGGAAAUAGCAGUUUGUCAAGAACAGGUUUUCAAGCAGAAGAAAGAACAAACAGAACUAAUGUUACCCAAAGUGAUAUAGGUAGUGAAGAAGACUAUAAAAUGAAGGGUAAAUCAGCUGCUAUCUCUCACGCCAGUCAUCUUGUUGCUGCUAAUUACAGCUUUUUUCCUGGAACUGAAGAGUCUGAGUUUGAACAACAAAAGAAUCCAAAGGUAUUCUGUGAAGGUCAAUCAGGCUAUGUGUACAUUAUACUGGACAGCUCAGCAUCCUGUGGACAUGAACACCUGUCCAGUACGUGCGGUCACGAAGAUUGGCACUGAAACCUAUCCGAUACGUGACAAUCCACUUUUAAGACCAGUGCAGCACAGCCUCCCACCUUUACUGACAGAAACCGCUCUAAAAUCACCGUUGUCAUGUGUGAACAAAAGUCCGAUCCGAUUGGGCUUUGGUGUCGGCCCAAGAGGUCCGUGGUAUAAUGUAGACAUAGCCUUAACAAACGCGACAACGGCAGCGAGAACGGCAUUGAAAAAAACAGUAGCUUUAUGAACAACUGUGCACUAGCCUGCGAGCGUUAGCUCUCUAUUUCGAGUGGUGAGUAAAGCAUGCCGCGCGAGCGAGAGGCGUAGGACGGACUUCUCACGCGGUUCCCAAAUUGAAAGCUUGCUUGCAGGUUAACUCUGCACGUUCAGCACCCCUUUUUGUUCAUGUCUUUGCCGUCACUGAGCGACUACGAUGUGAAACUUUCUAAUUUCACGUUUAUGGUGGCCGUGAACCCAAGACAAUGAUUUUCUUUCUUUCUCAGUCACAACUUGGAUGCAAUUUACCUCCACACCAGUUCGUCAACAUUUGACAAAUUGCACGACGUGGAAUAAUAUUGAUGUAUUUAAAGAAGCGCGAAUUCACUGUGACCUUUUCGCUGCCAACGCCGUCGUGGUUUCUUUAGCUCUCUAACGUUACGUUUAAAAUGAGAAUAAUCUUGUAUGACACUCUCACAUGCAGUCAGUCAAGAAAUGGCUAUGCUUCCGGCUAAAUACAUUGUGGCUAUUUCAUGGUUUGGAUAUUAUUUUCAGGCUUAUGGCUCAUCCACAAUUGCAGAGGAAAUAAGAAAAACAAAAUCUGUCAUCCUUGGGAAGAAAAAAGACAGAGAUGGGUCAGCUUCAGUCAAAUCCAGACCACAACAGCAUAUUUCAAGAAAUGAGGUUUGUAACUGUUACUGACCUGCACUGCUGCAGGGCAAGUUUUGUAGGGUAGGCCCGUAAUCAUCUAUGUUGUAAGUUAUGUUCCAGUUUUCCUUCCAUUUCCUGUAGCCUCUCUAACAAUAUGUACGACUUGUUGUCUUAGUGUUAAAAUUUAUUUCCUGCAGGCCUCAGAGCAUCAAACCAAACAAUCAGGAGGUAAUGUUCGACAGCAAGGUAAACCGGUUUUUAUAUAGCUGACUUGUAACUGAACCUUUUAGUUCACAAAAUCAAGUAUAGUAUAAUUAUUGCUUUGGUUGAAGUUAUUGGUUAGCCGUAUUUUAUGUUUGCUGUAAUUGUCGAAACAUAAGCGUUAGUUUAUGCCACCUGAAGGACUACUAAAUUAAGGACAGUGAGGUUCACUAGGAUAAUUUUGCUAGAAGUGAGGCGUUUAUGCUCUACACACGAUUUAAAAGUGCUUCUCAGUCACACAUUAACACCAGGAGUAAGGGAGGCUCUAAAUACCCUCCUUAUCACCUGUAGGAAAAAAACAGCAAAUAUCUUCCGGUUACUGUGUCAGGGGAAAGGGAGACUGCAAAUAUGUCGGCCUCGCUAUCCCAGAGAAGAGGAGAGAUUCUAGUACCCUUGGAACAAACACCACGUCCAGAAUGAGAUGCACAAGGGAAGGAAUGCCUUGAGAAUACAGCAUGCUAAUCUCCCUUUUUGUUGUUGCUAGAUUCUGGCACUUCCAGUCGAGAAGAAGCUCUUCAGCCGAAUUUUUCCAUUCCAAUGGGUAUGAGCACAGAAAGAAGAGGUUCUAAGUCAGACUUGUCAAUACCAAACUAUGAUUAUGGAGCUUCUCAUGUGAAACAGCGUCAGGAUUCACUGUGGUAAUGUUUUCUGUAGAUUGUGCAACUCGUUCCAGAUGCGACAAGAAUGCAGCAAGCUUGUUUCAGUUGAAAUUCUUGCCAGCGCUAUAGGAGCUACUUCAAUUUGUCUUUUUUUAAGCUUACAAUCCAACUUCCGACUCCAUUCUUACUCCCCAUUUUCAUACUAUCUGGCUGCCAGCCUAACAGCUUUAUGGUUUUGAGCGGUUUACAACCUGAUGGCCCUUCAACUUGCAAGGCAAAGCUAAAAAGCUCGCAAAGAAAAACAAGUCAGAGUGAAAACGGUAGAUUACAACUUGGUUGGUAGCAUAACCUCAACAACAAAUGUAGCGAAUGAACUGUGUUGUCCUUACAGGAGGCAAGACUUAAGUGGAGAAGAAAACCAACCUAGGAAUGUCUCAAGCCAAGAAAAAAGAGACAAGAAGAAAAAGAGGAAAAAACUUCAGCAGGUCAGUUAAAGGUUGCGUGCCUGAUUCUCUUUGAAAGUCAUGUGUUUAGGAGGAGAUAGCUUCUCAAAUACUCUGCCGUAGAAGCUUUCUCAUUGUGAGGGAAAGGGGGGGGGGGGGGGGCUUUUUCUUUUUUUUUUUCUCCCCCCUUCAACAUUCGGGUGGCUUGUUUCCUUAAACUUUUUUUCCUUCUUUUGGCCCUGCCGCUCAUCCCGGUUUCCACCCUUUCUUCUUUUUAUCUAUGGGGCGUCCGAAAAAAUCCCCCCUGAUGGCCUAGUUCGGGUUUGCCGUUGGUCGAUAGCUUUUUGUCUCUCCCUUAAGAGAAAAAAAAAAAAAGGGGAAAAAAUUUAGCGAGGUGAUUAAAGGGUUGGGUCCUGGUUUUUUUUUAAAGGGCUGUUUUUUGGGGGGGGAAGGUUUUCAAAAUCCUUGGCCUAAGAAGUUUUUCAUUUUGGGGGGAAGGGGGGGGGGGGGAGGCGUUUACUGCUAUCUUUCCUCCACCCUUCACCAGUAAGUUGGCUGUGUUCAUUAACUUAUUUUCUCUUCUUUGGCCCCUGGCGUGAUAUCCGGUUGCGACCCUUCCUGCAUUUUACAAUGGGGACAGCGCAAAAAAUCCCUCAUAUGGCCUAUAUGGGGAUCUGCCGCUGAGCGUAAGAUUUUUGUCCUCUCCUUCUCAAACAGGGUAUAUAAUUUCGCGUGAGUCUGUCCUAAACGAGGUAUAUAAUUUUCGUACGAAUCUGUCCUAAUAGCUUCAAGACAAGACGGUGUGCAUAUUAUUGUCCUUUUUCCUAAACAACGUAAUAGAAUUGAGGUUGUUGUCCUAAACAGGGUAUGUAUUUCUAGGAUUUUUUGUUCUAAAAUAGGGUCAGGGUUUGAAACCCUGAGCGGCUCACCUAUACCUAAAUUUUGGUCGAGUACCCCCUGGGGGGUUAGGCUAUUCCAGCUUUUGGUGGGAGCAAGGCUGUGGUUGACUUUUCGUUUCUUCUUAGUAGUAGAGGGUCAAUAAUUUUGUGGUUUUUGUCUGCAGAUGUCAAGUUUACCUCCUCAGUCCAAGCAUCAUCCUUUAGAAUCACAAGGGUAAGCAAACUUUCAGGCCUUGUGAUGAAAACAGAGUUUAUUCAAUGCUAGUCAACAAAACCGCGUUUUGAGUCUUUUUUUCAUUUUGGCCAUCCCGGUGUCAAGACGUUAGGUAGCCAAGACUAAAAACCUUUAUCUUCGUUGUAAUUACACGCCCUUAUCCUUAAGUGUGAAACUCUUAACCUCUGAACGUGUUUUACUGUUAGGCGCGGGUUUAAUUUAUCCCUCAUCGAUUUCUCUUCGCUCCUGUUACCAACACACUAACCCCUGAAGCAGAUUUUUUUCCAUCCCUGCCGAGUCUUAUCGACGUUUAUAACACUUUAUGUUUAUUGCAUUAAAAUUCCGAGGGAAAAUAUAUCAAUAAAAAAAGGUUUCUUUUUAUUAUUUUUUCCUUGUAGCGAAUUAAGCAGAAUGGGAGAGUGGAGUAGAAACACCGAAGUGCAGGUAGAAUACAAGAGAUUGCUUUAUUUUUUUUCUGCUGAAAAAGGAAACUGAAAAACUAUCCGGCAUUUUCUUGUUUGCAGUCUUUUGAUAUGCGUCCGCAUAAAGCCAUCGGAAAACUACCUUCCAGUGAAAAGGUACGUUUAUAUUAUGCUACCAGCGUUAACUUUAUCCCUGGUCAUGUUGAGGCAAGCCUUCUUUAUCUCUUAAUGAACCGAGUACGUUUGGGGUUUGAUUUGAGUGGCAGAAUAUAACGUCGUUGUUGUCAAUUCACUCAGUCCCACGAGUUACAAUUUUUCAUCUAUCGUGACAACUUUCCGUCCCAUGCGAAAUUGACGGAAAGUAAAAGUGGCUGGAAAGUUUCUCAUUGGCGCGAUUCAUUUUUCCUUCAAAUUAACGGGGCUUGAAGAAAAGAGAACCCUGGGUGACUCCCACCAAUUUCCCGUAGGAUGGAAUGUCGUCAUGUUUGAUCUGAUAUGGCGCUUUCCUAUGCUGAAUUUUUAUAGUCUUUGUAGAAGAAUUUCAUUGUGAUCUGAUGGAAUUUGAAGGUUCAGAAUAACUAAAAACAUUGGCGUCCUUUUAUUUAUUUAUUUAUUUGUGUUUUUAUAUUACAAAACAAUGUUUUUCCCUAGCUGCCUUGUUCGUUAAAUGCCUCGUUUUUUAUUCAGUGUUUUCUUUUGAACAGGCUGUGUCUCACCUUGGGCCACUAACAAUUAGUUCAUCUCACAAACCUCUUGGAGAAGUUCGCCUUCAGCCUCUUCAGCAUAAAAACCUCGCUCAUCUAACGCAUAACACUUAUCCAACCCGCAAACCGCCGGCGGCCAAACGUGAAAGUCCUGAAUCUCGUACUUUCGGUGCUCUAUCCCCCUGGGCAGGACAAUCCGCUUUGUCGCUUCAAGGCCACAUUCAUAAACAAACGUUAUCAGAACCAGUGAAUUUCACUUUUCCGGACAGACCUGUCAGUCCUUCUACUGAACAUUUAGCGCCCUUACCGAGAAAAACUUCCCGACCUGCGUCAGAAAGCGAAAUUGGAAAUGAAGAUCGAGACACUAAGUUGGGAACUCCAUUUACUGGACUGAAACCUCUGACUCCUCCUAAAGAGAUAACGACCAAAUCAGGAACUCGUGUACCGGAUUUAAACAAGCUGGAAGAAACUCCAUUAUAGCAUAUGCUCCCACCCGGAAAACACGGCGAACGCCGUUUUACCUACAGUGUAAUCUUGUCGAGGGUGUAUAUGGUUAUAGUCCAAUGUUAUCCUUGGUUCAAAAUGUUUCUUUUUUUAUUGUCGUUGACCUUAAGACCUAUUAAUGUUCGCAAAAACACAGUGGAAUGAAGUUGAACACACGACUCAUUGAACCCCAACAUGCACACACCGUUAAACACUUUAAUCUUGCUUUGACACAUUUUUUGUGGCUGAACACAGUUUUGCGGGCGGUCAGCGGUAACUUGCGUGACGGCGCGUGUUUUAAAUUAGACAGACAAACAUGGCGGCGUAAAAGCAAUGGUGCACAGAAGACGAUUUCUCAAAAUCUACUCAUUAGAAUUUUGUGAUAUUUGGCCGAAUUUUUCCUUUUAUCGUAUUUUAAGUAAUGAGAACUUUAAAGUGGAAUUUGAACAGACAAAUUUUUGUGACACAUUUCAUAAUUACAGUACAAUUAAAUUAUUGAUUAUCUGAAACCCUUCUGUUAAAAUUUGGUCUAAUAAGUUUCAAAUGGUAAUGAUUAAUUAUAGUAAGCUGUGUGCAAGUUUAUAGGAAAAUCUAAUGAGCGAAUUUUAUGUAAACUGAGAAAAAGUGAAAUUUUAAGGUUGCAUUCAAUCGUUCAUGUUGCCACGGAAACUACGAAAACGUCAAUUUUUACCUGUCAAUCAAAAUCUUUCAUCAGUACAUUUUUCACUUGCCAAGUUUCAGCUCGUGAACUGCAACCUUUCUCUUGCCAUGAUUUGGCAAAUGACACAUAAUCACAAACUGUCAAAACUGUGUUCAGCCACCUUAAGGAAUGGUAUUCACUGAACAACAGCUCUUUGGGGUAUUUAUACAGUUCCGGCAGUUCAUGCGUGGGAUCAAAAACCUAACGACAGGGAUUCUUUUUCAAAGACCUGGAGCAAGUAGGCUUUAGCUGUCUCUUCUCGACUUAGGUAGCCAUUUUGAUGGCCGCGUGUUUUGCUUAAAGGGACUAUGUAACGAAGAUAUUGCUGUUUUAGGUCAAUUCUGUGCUGAAGUCAUUACUUAGUGUCUUUACUAAUUCACAAACUGCUCCUGAAGAUUUAUGAUGAACACAUCAUACAUACAGCAUCAGGGGGCGCUAACGAUCAUUUUUUCGAUUAUUGUGCAGGCAUAGCAUUAAAACUAGAAAAUCCUUGCUAUCCGUUGCAACAGACCAUAGGGAACAUUUUCCGUGCCUAAAAAAAGUCUUAAAUAACAAAACUGGACCAUUUUUUUUAGAGUUCAAUUGAUGCGCCGACAAGUUUUAGCUGAAAAAAAGAUUGCAAAUAGCGUGACAUAGACCCUUCAAAAUAGAAUUUGGCAAAUCUUUGCGGAUAGUCUACCACUCAUGCCGUAUAGGAACUUUUAUAUAAGCUUGCGCUGUUGAAACGUUUAAGGGCUUGUUUACAUGCAUGGAAGUGGGGGACCCCAGGUAGGUAAGGCAACCCGGUUAGAUAGGGUAACUCGCCUGUCCAUAUAAUCUCUCAUAUGGUCACCCCAACUAUGAUGUAAACGUGAUCAAAUUGAAAUGAGAGAUUAUAUGGACAGGCGGGUUUCCUCACCUACCUAGGUUCCCCCACCUCCAUGUAAAAAUGCCCUAAGUUAACGUUUCCUUACAUGUUCAAGUCAUAACUGUAAACUGAAUAAAGGUUAAUGACUUUGUUUUCUUGGUUUUCAAAACCAUCCAGUCCAACCCUGUUGACUUAAAAAAGUUUCCGUUAUGGAUUGCUUGGUAUCGUUCCAUUGUUAAUUUAUUCGUUUUUACGUAAACUACGAGAGAAAAUUGUACAGCAGGGUGGCAUAAAUGUUAAAAAUGACGUAUGCAGACAGAAUUCGCCGCUCGUCAGGAAUAUGUAUGCCCUUUGAUCUCACCAAGACGUUUUUAAAUGUUAUAGGUCAAGCAACGGUAUUAUAGUGAAAAAGAGUUUUUGAGCCGGAAUGCUCCUAGAGGAUCUUGGAUUUUUUCAGUCGCCGUUAUUGUCAGUAAUGUUUCUCAAAUACUGUAUGCCACGUUGUUCUGGCGCAAGGUAAAUACCUUCAUUUCACUCUUCUUGUCUUUUAGGUGUAUCUAUCAUGAGUUAUCAUUAUGUCUGUCCACGCCGGAAGGGACAGAAGACCAUAAAGUAAAUACGCUACCUUUAUUAAAGUAUACUUUUAGGGUAUGGUCCGUUUAAAGUUGUAAAUAUGUUGAGGUGUAGCGAAGUGUCUGCUGCACACACGUUAUUU